CGAUCAAAUGUGAAAUUCGAGUCCCAAUGUGUAUCGAAUAUUGUAAUGUAUGUACACACACAUACAUACACAAUGCCCUUGUAUUUCAUGAGAUAAUGAUCUUGUCCUGCAUAUAAAUAAUAACAAUAAUAUAUAGAUGCGCGUUUGUGUUCUAGAUUUCUCGGAAUAAUAUACGAAUAACUCUUUCUCUUUUUCCUUUUCUCUUUGAUGCUUUUUUACGAAUAAUGAUGUCACAUAGAUUCCGCAGGAUGUUUUCUUUACUUAAAAACCAAAGCAUAAGUAUUAAGUUUACUAUAUUAUAGUUAGUCUCCCUUGCUCUCCCUCCCGCCAUUGCUCUUUCGUUUUCGAGAUGCGUGAUUUCACGUCAACUUUCGUGAAAUCGAUCAAACUCUUAUCUUUAUAUUUCUGACAAAGUAUAAUCUCUCAGAAAUCUCAUAAUAUAAUAUAUUGUGCAUGAUUUUUAGAUCAAACGGAGCAUUCCAUAUAAUUUCAAUUGGCAUUACUUUUGAAAUAUAUAUUUGUAUAAAUAUAUAUAAAUAAAAAAAUAUCAAGAUUAUAUUUAUAUAUAUUUAUAUAAAGCUAGAUUUCAGGAGUAGUUUGACUGAUAAUGCUACGAGAAUUUGACUGUGCCAGAAAAUAUUAGUAAUAUGCGCAGGAAGGAUUGUAUAGAUCUUGUAUGCGUUCUAAGAUGUAUACCUCGAAUUUCCUCUCGCCUGUUAAUAAACUGAUAAUAGGAUCAUAUAUUAUUUAUAAUUUUAAGCAGUGUAGCGUUAAAGAUUUUUAUUAAAAGUCUGCAUUUGGAUUCAUACAUGCUUUGAUAUAAAAUGUCCCAAUCGACUUUUGAAGAUUUUGACAUACUACUUUCAGGUUUUCGUGAUUCCUCGUUAGGAUAUAGCUAUCAUGAAUAGGACGAUAAUUAUGUAGGAUGCAUAUUUUUAAUAGGAAAUAAAUGAUCUGGAAAUGUGAAUGUGAAACAUCGUCUUUGUGCAUAUAAUGAUUGUUUUAUAGAUUUUUCAAGAUUUAAUAUAAUUCAGUGUAGUAUGGUCGUGUAGUGUAAACCUCUAAUGAGAAAAAGUAAAUUUUCCAAAACAUGCAUAUGCUUCCUACAUCUGAGACUGAACUAAUUUACAUAGAGUGUACACACAUACAUAUACACACUAUAAAAGUCUUUCUCAAAUAUAUAUUUUGAAUUCACACAUGAUUAUGUUUUUUAAAUAUCUUUUGUAAUGAUAUUUAUGCGAAAGAAAAAUUAAAGCGUCCUAAUUUAUGAUAAACAACUUUUUUAUGCAGCAGUGAUCUUUUAUUGUUUAAAUAUCUGUUUCGAACAAAAAUUGGUAAUAAAAAAUUAUUUAUAUAUUAUUUAAUCAUGAAAAUGAAAAAUUACGAAAUAUUUAUUAAUUGUACAGGCUUUGUAAGUUCUAUGUAAAAUCUCGUUAUGUUUUCUAAUUUCAUAGAUAUUACAAACGAAAUCUUUUGUAGAAAAGAAAUAAAUUGUUUACAGUAAAAUCUGUUUUUUUUUUCCUUUUUUUUUAGAUUUCUGUGGUAAAAUUUUACUUUUAACUUUAACCGAAUUAAUAGAUAUUGAUUAAUUAAACUAGUUUUAUUCCAGGAAUAAUUACAAACAAUUUCGGGAUAAGAAUCAGGAAAAUCAAAUUUCAAUUUCGCGCUAUGAAAAUGCACUUCGUACAUAUCAGCUGAUUUCGGAACACAUCCUUUUACUUAUCAAGCGUAACCUGAGUUGUCCAUCGAGAGACAUGCAAGAGUGGCUUUUAAAAUUUGCAUUUCAUUCAUUAAUUUAUUGUUGAAUUUUCACUUUGUUGUUGUGAAUUAUGCGCACAUCAUAAUUAAAUGCAUUGAAUAUAUUUAUGUAUAUUGAGGCGGUGGCUUGUGCAGUUUCAUCUAAAAAACAUAGUCUAAAGUGAAAAUGAUAGAUAUAAAAAGUAAUUCUCCUAUCGUUGGAGAAAGUGAUUCACAUUAUGAGUCAAGAAUACGAGCGAAUAGUUCUGGUACAGGAACGUCGACGCCGUCAUCCUUUUCUGACUACAUGACAGGAGAAGCAGAUGAUAGCUCUGACAGCAAGGGAACUAUUCCAUUCAGCCUAAAAUCAGUGGAAACUAUGCUCUCAUUAUCCAAAGAUGCCUCCGAAGAGAAUCUUAAGGAAAUGGUACACAAGUGUAAGUUGAUGGUGCUGGAGAGCGCCGAGUGUUCAGAUGAGCGUAAAUGGCUUGUUCGACGGCUAAUCGAGUUACGUUUACGCGCGCAGGAGUUGCGCGAGACCUCGGACGAGAAUCUUUUCGAAACUUGUGUGAUUCUUGGGCAUCAUUUCGUGCCUCAGAAAUACCACAUCACCACAUCUGGUCCGGUUUACUGCGAUCACUGUAGCGGAGCAAUCUGGGCGAUGCUACAAUCGUGGUAUAUGUGCAGCGAUUGCAAAUUUAGUUGCCACUGGAAAUGUCUGAACAAUGUGUGCCGUGUUUGCGUACAUGUAAUCGCCAGCGAAGCCGGCGGUUACACCCAUACGAAGGAUAUCUGUCCAGAGCAAGGCCUUUCCAAACAGAGCUACCGUUGUGCGGAAUGCAAAGUGAGAAUAACAUUCACUUUCUCGAAAGGAUUAUCGCUAUCUUGCUUCGGCAGUUCCUUUAAGCAUACAGAAUCGGCGUGGGUGGAGCCGCGACUUUGUGACUAUAGCGGUCUGUAUUACUGUCAGAGAUGCCAUUGGAAUACAGCCAUGGUUAUUCCUGCGAGAGUAAUCAGAAACUGGGAUAUGGAACCGCGUCUGGUGUCCCGCGCCGCGGCACAGCUUCUUAUGCUCUUGGAGGAUCGUUCUGUAUUGUCGUUGGAAGAAUUAAACCCGAAACUCUUCACUCUGGUCCCGGAUCUGUCGCUCGUAAAGCGAAUGCGAGGGGAAAUGCAAAUGAUGAAGAGAUACUUGGUUCUGUGCUUAGACGCUUGUGCUCAAGGAUUACCGUGGAAAAUCGGGUUGCGCACGCAUAUGAUUGAGAAUUCAGGUAACUAUUCCAUCAAGGAUCUCAUCGAUCUUCAGAAUGGCAUUCUUCUGGAUGAGCUUCGGGCCGCAUAUGAUACGAUGCAUGCGCAUAUUACGCACCAAUGCGAACUCUGUAAAGCAAGGGGACACUUAUGCGAGAUAUGCGGCAACGACGAGAUCAUUUAUCCGUGGGACGCGAGCUCGAUUAUCUGUUCGCAGUGUUCGGCGGUGCAUCAUCGUGUUUGCUGGGCCAAACGCAACCACUGCUGUCCACGUUGCGCGCGUUUGCAAAAACGUCACGCUUUACAGGGAGAGGAUACUGCUGAAGACUGUGAUACAGACGAAACUGCGGAUUCUUGAAUGAGAGUAUGAAAUGCUGCAAAGCAUUGUAGAAUAUUAUUUGUAUAAUUGUGUAACGAUUUAUAUUUAGUACCUGUUAUUUUUUUUAAGCGGAUCGAAGCAAUUUUAGUCUUUUUUAUAUAUAUCCAUCACUGCAUCUAUUAAGGAUUGUAUAACAUCUACUUGCGCUAGUGAUUUGUAAGUGAUUUUGUAAUGCACGGUCUAAUUACUGAGGUUAUCAAGUAAAUGUAUUUAUAU